CCCUAAUCACAGGUGGAACCUCGUUUCAAUUCACAGUCGUGUUAAGAGCACACUGCGCCUGACUAACUGAAGUGUACUGACAAAUGGGACAGAGGGCAGUAAUGGACCCUGGGGACGAGGUGAAAGGUUGCGGUAUUGUUAAUGACGGAUCAUUGGGAUAUAAAUAGACUGGGAUGUUCUCUGCAGAGUGCGGGCAGAUUCAGAUGGUUGUUUGGGAGAACAGCUCCACCUGGUGGCCUCUUGCUUUGUUAACACACUAAAAGCUCACCGUGAAGCAUUUUCAUCACUGGAUUCUUUUCAACGUUACUCAGCUCUACCUGGACUCUCAUGGCGCAGCAAACCCCACUCAUCUGGCAGAGAUGAGUUGCGUCUGGGCCCCAGUCAGCCUGGCGGCUCUUACAAAUGUGGCCCCGUCAGUAACGGCACUGUGGGCGGCAGAGCCACCCUCAUUGAACCGGAGCGGCUGAAGGACUUUGGUGAGGAGGAGCUUCUCAAUGGGGAUGUGAAGGUCUAUGACACCAAGGUGGUGGGGGGUCCUGAGAUCAAGCUCAUGGACCCCCCCAAAACCAGACGCCUCAGCGAGUUCCGGAACGUCCACAGGCCUCUUGUCCAGUUUCUCCGCUUUGAGGACAUCAGCGCAGCGGCCUUCAGGAUCCAGACAGUGAUACAGAAGACACCCUGCACGUACUCCAGACUGUCCAAACAGUACGGGAUGGACCUCUACCUGAAGAAGGAACACCUGCACUACACAGGCUCUGUGAAGGAGAGAGGAGUCCUCUACUUGCUCACCUCCCUCACACAGGCGCAGCAGAGGAAGGGAGUGAUCGUGGCUACUGACUGUAACUUCUCCAUGGCCGUGGCUCACCAUGCAGUGGAGCUGAAGAUCCCGGUGUUUGUCAUCAUGCCGUCAUGCUGCUCCUCGCCUCGCCUCCGGAUCUACAGAGACUACGGCGCUAUGGUCAUCUCCUACGGCAGCACCAGCCACGACUCCCAGGACCACGCCUGCCAUCUGGCCACAGAGAACGGAUACCUCUACCUGGAAGAAGAUGAAAGUGCAGCGUAUCUGGCAGGCAUGGGCACAGUUGGCAUGGAGAUCUAUGAGCAAGUGUCCAAACUGGAUGCAGUGGUUGUUCCUGCAGCUGGACAGUAUGGUCUACUGGCUGGCACAGCUGCAGCCAUCAAACACCUCAACUCACGAGUUCUCGUCAUAGGAGUUGAACCAGAAGGUUUCCCUCUGCUGCUACAAUCUCUGAAAACUGACAGUCCAAUCAAAGACCUGCACAGCAACCCCAAUAAGAAACUCUAUGGAGAUCUUAUGGAGCGCUCCCUGGGUGUUGACACCUUCCAGCUGGCAAAGAAAUUUGUAGAUAAAGUCAUCACUGUCAGUGAGGAGAACUCUCUGGUGGCGAUGCUGCGGUUUCAGGAGUUUGAACGCUCCACUGUUGACACAGAGGGAGCCAUGGGACUGGCUGCCAUCUUGGCUGGACAGCUACCGGAACUGAAAGGCAAAAAGGUCGCUGUAGUGGUGAGCAGCGCUAACAUGGAGCUGGAGCUGAUGAGGCAGUGUGUGGACCGAGCCCUGGUGCUGGACGAUCGGGUCAGUAAGUUCUCUGUGAAGCUGGGAGAAUGGCCAGGAGACAUGGCUAAGCUGCUGGACGUCCUGUCCAGAGAGGACGUCAGGUUGUUGGACGUCUGCCAUCGGAGACAAAGUGACAAGUCAGACCUCUUCAAGGCAAAGGUGGAGUGUGUGGUGGAAACCAGGGAUAAGACACAGAGCAAUCAUCUGCGCAAGACGCUGAGUGAGCGCUACCCGUCUAUAUGCUGGUUGGACCGGUGAUCACAACAACAUGAACACAAACUACAUUAACACUAGAAAAGAAAACCACACCAAAAAAAAGACGAAAUGACACAUUCAUAAAAUGUGAGAUGACGUGCACACACAUCCUGUAACAUACACUACUAUGAUAUACACGAAAGGAACUCUGUUAUAGGAAUCUCAUUAAGACAAGCUAACCUAAGUGUAUACAGAAAAGCCUUGAGAUUAUGUAGCGAAUACUAUUCAUAUUAGUUCUAUUACUUAUGCUGCUAUUGUUCUUUAAUCAUGGCACCUUGUCAUUAUGGUAAUGUGGUUAGACUGCAUUCAGAAGAUUAAUAUAGUUCUAAUAGUUUAAUCACAGACAAGGAAUCAUGCACUGUAGAUACAGUACAGGCUUAUAGUGUUCUCUUUCUAAAGUAAGUACACACUAUACAGCUCCCUAAACCACCAGCAUAAAAUAUAGGUAUUUUUCAAUCCAAGUUGUUUUUAAACUGUUGUAUAUAUUUCUGUAUUUAUACUG